GUUUAAACUAUGGCUCCGCCCCCUCGUGCUGCCCUCUGAUUGGCCUCUGUCGGCAGUUGUCUUACGCGAGGCACGCUUGAGGACCCGGGGAAAGGAAGUUUGAGGGCCACUGGGAAAGAGAAGGGGUAUCACCGCUUCCGGACCCUGGCCUUGACUUGAAGGCAAAGAAAACUACAAAUCCCAGCGGCACCCGCGGCCUUGGAGCUCCGCCCCCCGGUAAGCAUAGCGUCAGUUCUUAUGGCGCCUGCGGGGUAGUGGCGACGAUAGUAGUUGCCAUGGAGUUACUCUGAGUAACCCUGAGGGACGCCGAGACUGGAGAGGAAGCAACUGCGGGGAAUAUUUCCAUUUUGACAGGGAAUAAUCCCUGGACCCACAGGAUGAAUCCCCAGUGGUGGAGUUUCAGGCAUCAGUGACAGGCUGAACCCGGACUCCCAGGGCACAUGGUUGCACCUGAUGAAUGAUGGCCUGAACUAUGAACCAGCAGGACUAUAUGAACACUUGGGUACAGGAGCCCCCUCUUGACUACUCCUUCAGAAGCAUUCAGAUCAUUCAAGAUCUGGUAAAUGAGGAGCCAAGGACAGGGCUACGACCACUGAAGCGUUCAAAGUCAGGGAAAUCACUGACGCAGUCCCUGUGGUUGAACAACAAUGUUCUCAAUGAUCUGAGAGACUUCAACCAGGUGGCUUCAAAGCUGUUGAAGCACCCAGAGAACCUGGCCUGGAUCGACCUGUCCUUUAAUGACCUGACUUCCAUUGACCCUGUCCUAACAACUUUCUUCAACUUGAGUGUCCUCUAUCUUCACGGCAACAGCAUCCAGCGCCUGGGGGAAGUAAAUAAGCUGGCUGUCCUUCCUCGACUCCGGAGCCUGACACUCCAUGGGAACCCCAUGGAGGAAGAGAAGGGGUAUAGGCAGUAUGUGCUGUGCACCCUGCCCCGUAUCACCACAUUCGACUUCAGUGGGGUCACCAAAGCAGACCGCACCACAGCUGAAGUCUGGAAACGCAUGAACAUCAAGCCCAAGAAGGCCCGGAUCAAGCAGAACAUACUCUGAGGCUCCAAGGACCCUAGCAGUCCUAAAGGCCUGAUGAUAGACAGCAUGGUUUGACAAUAAAUGAUUUGAGCUGUUGAGCAGGCAACUGCAGGUAGCUCUAGUUUUUUUUUUUUUUUUUUUGAGACGGAGUCUCAUUCUGUCACCCAGGCUGGAGUGCAGUGGCAUUAUCUCGGCUCACUACAACCUCCACCUCCCAGGUUCAAGAGAUUCUCCUGCCUCAGCCUCCCCAGUAGCUGUGAUUACAGGCGCACACCACCACGCCUGGCUUUUUUUUUUUUUUUUUUUUUUUUUUUUUUUUUAGUAGAGACAGGGUUUUGCCAUGUUGGCCAGGCUUGUCUCGAACUCCUGACCUCAGGUGAUCUGCCUACCUCAGCCUCCCAAAGUGCUGGGAUUACAGGCAUAAGCCACGGCUGGCCAGCUCUAGUCUUAUUUUGCUGAAAAAGGGAGGCAAUGGAGGGAAAGGCCUGCUGGCCUGGGACAUAGGAGACCUGGGUUUACCACACAGCCUUGGAAAAUUUCUCUAAUUCUCUGGGCCUCUUUGUAACACUCUUCAGCUUAGAGAUUUGGGAGCUAAAGUAGAUCAGUAAUUUCCAAACUCUUCACAGAGUACCAGGGUCUGUGGAGAUGCCUCAUAGGCCUCCAUGACAGGCCAAGAAGAUGGGCUAUGAUCUCUGAAAGCAGCCUCUACUUCAACCAGAUCAAAGUAAUUCCAUUCUAUAUUUUAUAUGUUGGGAUUCUGCUUAAGAUUUUAUUUGAUAAAAAGAAUCUUCUGCUUA